UUACUCCAGAAAUUUAAUAUGGCAAAGUAUUUUGACUGUCUGGGCCGGACGCCCUUCGCCUCUUUGCUGGCUGCGUUAAUGGUCGUAAUUGGCACGUGUGUGUUCUGUGGAACGUCUUUCAAGGCACUGCAGCUCAUGAUUCAAGGAGUGUUCAACAAUCUUUUCCACUUCAGUGUAGACUGGCUGGAAGUUCUGCAAGUGAUGUUUGUGAUUGUCGGAGUGGUCAUGGGGGCCUUUGCCGUCAUCCUUCUCAUCUUUGGCUUCCUGGCUACUGGCGCAACACGGAGCAACAUUUACUCCGGAGCCAAGUGCAUUAUGGGUGGAAGACUAACGGCUGCUUUCCUUAUGAUUGUGUCGUACCUUCUGACGGCUGCCUGGCUUGUCAUCUUGUCUGUGUGCGUCGUUCCCGUGCUGCUGUAUGCGUCGGUGAGCGCCAUCUGCGACAAGGAGAUAUACCAACACACAGCGGAUCAGCUGAAGGGAUACUGCUUUAACCUGACUCGUUUUGGUGUUUAUGGAUUGGAAACAGGCGCAGACAACAUAUGUGAGCACUCGGACCUACGAAGCAUGUGCAAUAAAGUGGAGGAAGCAGGGCCCAUGUUCUGUGUGGCUUGUGGAGCAGCUUUCCUUGUUGUGCUGGGCAUGGUCAACUUUCUUAUAACCCUAGCGGCCAACUACACCCGCAUCAAGAUCUCACGUGAGCUCACCGAGUACCGGGAUGCUGUGGAGCAGGAGGAGCUGGAGAUGCAGCUGGCAGAGAAGAGGGGACCGCCUCCCUACAGGGACGGCAGCAUCACCUUAGUGUGAACAUCAGUGUGUCGCCUCAGGUGUUUGUUUGAGUGGCGGAGGACUGGUGUGUGAAUCUAGUUCUCGUGUGAGUGGUAGAGCUGUAGUGUGUAAAUCUGGUACUUCUAUGACUGGUGGACAACUGCCGUGUCAGUUCCAGUACGUGUAUGGAUGGUGAAAGGCUGCUGUGUGAAAGAGAAUGUAGUGCUUGUCUGAGUGGUAGUGGAGAGAUGUGUGGUCUAGUUCUUGUAGAAGAGGUAUGAAUGCUUGAAGGUUAGUUUUAGUAUAAAAGGUGCCAGACUGCUGUGUCAAUCAAACAUGAUGCAUGAUUAUUCUUCAUGAAUUACUUUAUGCUUUGCGCAAAUUUAUAAAGUUGUCCGUUGCAAAUUUUUAAACUCUCAGUUCUUGGUUGACAUUAGUCUGCAUCAUUGGUAAAUGAGAAGCUUUCAGACAUGAGAAACCUGUUUGGCAUUGUGUAUUGUGACUGGAGAUUUUAACUUUUUGUUAACAUGGAGAGAUCUGUUUUGUUUUCUCUAGCAACAAGCAUAAGCAGUUGGGGCUACAUAUGAGAUGUGGGUGUUUCAAAAAGUCUGUGUAGCUGACAAAAUCUUAGAUUUACUUAAGAAACAAAGAAAUUGUUAACAUCCUGAUAUAUCUGUGCUUUAUCUUUCAAUUUCUGCCUUUUACAGAGCUGUCAGAAUUUUUUUUAAGUUGCUCUGAUUUAAAAAUCAAGUUCUAAAUAUCGCAGAGAUACCUUUUUUAUGCAUUUGAAAGCGUAACAUGAGGAUGCUCAAAAAGUUCCUCUCUAAUUUGAAGCUCUCUCAAAGUCAAAAUUUCGUGAUGAGCUGAAAAAACUUUGUUGCUAUUUUUUAUGUUAUACAGAUAACACUUAAUGACUAGCAAUGUACUGAUACAAUGGAUGACUUGAACUGAUGCAGCUUCCGAUAUAUUGUCUUGAACAAACCAACACAACAGCAUGCAUGGCUGUUUGCUGGAAGAUGUUAUUGUUAGAUCGUACGAUGAGUAGACUCCUUGAGGAGUGUGAGUGUCUGAAGACUGAGAAGCAGUGUGUUGUGCUCCUUGUUACUUGAUUCUUACAUUCCUACUUUCCUGUGACUUUUUAUCCCACUUGCUCUGUUUUUUGUACUCCUGAUUCCCAAUUUUUAAUUCUCUGUUUGAUCACCUUUUUUUUCAACUGCAUCCUUUUUAAAAAUUCCACACAGGUGGAUAAAAUGCUGAAUAAGUGAAUAUUUUUUUGCCAUUGGGUCGUGAUUUAUCUUGAUCAUUGUGAAAUGCUCAGUGUCUUAAUGUAAAAUAGUUCAUCAGUGAGAAAAUUGGUCCAAUGUUGAAGAAAUUUGUGUCAUCAACCCCUACGGAAACUUAUAUGUUAUAGUCCAAGUAAUGUCCUAAUUGUUAAAAAUCACAUUUUGAUAGUUUUUGUAAUAUCUGUUAUACUAUACCGGUAAGCAAACUUUGCCAUUCAUCCUCCAAAAUGAGUACUUACUAUUAAGUUUGGCUUGCUUAUGCGUAUGAAGUUGCUUUCAUUUAAGCACAGACUGUUUUUCAUCCAUACGAAGCAUGAUAAUUUAGAUAAUUGGUCAUUGUAAGGAGGAGACAUGUGGCCUCCUGGCUGUUGCUAUUCCUUCUGUGUUGACAGUUCCUUCGCUUGUACUCUCUGUCUUUUAACGGGUUCAAUUGUUUGUUUGUUUGUUUUUUUCUUUAAUUUUUUGGGAGGGGGGGGAUAUGAAGUGUCAUAUAUUUACUCUUGUUGUCUUAGAAGGCAGUUUUAACUCUCAGGCCAAUGUCAAAUAUGUGGUAAUUUCCAGUUCAUGUAAGAAUUAAAAUUCCAGAAAAAUACAAGGAGUAUAGCUAUAACUUUCGAAACAACAACAUUGCUCAAAUGUGUCAGUGGUUUCAUAAUAAACCCCUGGUCAAGAAAGAAAAUGUGGGGGCUUUUUCCCUCAUCUGUAUUAUUAAUAACUUGUAUUUUACUUCAUAUUUUGUUCUUACCGCGUAAAUGAAAUGGAGAAAUGGUUGUGGUACUCUCAAAAUUUCAAUAUGUUCUGACGUAUGUGUGUGUAAUUUGUACACUAUGCUGUUGUUCAAUUGAGAUCACAUAUCGACCAAGCACAUUCCCAAUUGAGAAGGCCUUUUACCUUUCCAUCUGAAAGUUUUUCUGAACAAAACAUAAUUUACAAAGACUUGUUGUGAUUUACAAGUAACAAUUAACAUUCCAACGUUGUGGUAGUUUCUGAUAUACACAAGCAUAAGUGCAUCACGGCGCGGUGGAAUCAGGCACCCAAUAAUUUUUGGGCAUGGUGAGUUAUUGUUAUCAUUAUAUAAAGCUUGUUCGUUUAUCAAUCUUUCGAUGAAAAAAAAAAACCAACAUAUCUUUAAUAGAAGUUGAGAUAUUUACGAUUGAAGGAGGUGGGGGUUGCCUGGUUUCAGAGGUAGAAUUUGUAAGAAAAUUGCCGCCCAAGUUUGGUGGUUUCCAUAGCUUGAGAAUUUUUUGUGUGCCUUUAAUCAAAGUUUUUCAGUAAAAUCCUCACAGAAAUGUGUUUAUUUUAAUGGACAUAGAAGGUAUUGAGUAAAAAAACGAAAACUAAAAAAAAAAUUUGCUUAACAGCCAGAAAAAUGGCGGUUCCCGUAAUUACAUUAUUUUGACGAGCGCCUGAUUUCACCAUGCUGCCUCACAAAUGUUACAGUAUAGCCCGCAUAUACUGUUUGUAUUUAUAUUCACAUGUAGGUUUCCUGUAGAGCUGUGACUUAACUGACCAUAGUUUACAGCAUUUACACUUCAAAUUGAUCCUGUUGUUUCUGAAUCUUACUAGUAAAUGUGCUACAUGUAAUGGUCCUUUUUAACAAAUGUACGUUUGUCUCGCUCUGUGUUUUGUCUUAGAUUUAUACCUUAAAUGUUCCCUUCUGGCUACCUCCAUUGUUCUUCUGUUCAGAGGUGGAAGUAACUGGAGUUCUUCAUUAUAAUUUCUGCCUGUCUUACGUAUUCCUCUUCCACCUGCAUUGUGUGACUAAUUGUUUCUAUGUGCUUCUUUGGAAAUGUGCACACGUUCUUUUGUGUUUUAAAAUGAUAUUUGUAUGCUUACCUGUUACAUAUCAUAUUUUUGAUUCUCUUCCUCUGGAAUUUCUUAAUGUCAUGAAUUGUUUUUGUUUUUUGUUCUUAAGUAUAGAUAGCCAGUUGCUAUGCAUUCACUUCUCAUACACUCAUCAUUCAUUUUGAAAAUUGUAUCCCUCUUUCUCCAUGAUUGGAGGUCAUAGGAUAAUUUGAAAUGCAACAUAACAUUAUGUUUCAUACGAAUCAAGAGCCAUAAUAUCACUUUUGCUAUUCCUUUCCAAAGCUGUUGCUGCUCACUCCUUUCAAAAUGCUUGGUGCUGUUUCAUUGUCAUAAUAAUGUAGCCUGAUUUGAUCUUAACAUCUUUGUAAAGUCAAAUAGAGAAAUGAAAUG